AUGGAGAACCCGUGUUUGACCUUCGUCACGCCAACCCUUCUUGCUGGCGACCGCUCUCUAGCUGAUGUAGUAGCGCACGAGAUCUCUCACAGCUGGACAGGAAAUUUACGGUCCCACCCUUGAAUGGUGAAUGAUUUCAAGAAGAAACCCCUUGAGUUGAAGCGAGAUGAGCAAUCAAAGCCUAUAUAUAAGGAAAAUUAUGAAAGCAGUUGAAGCGAGAUGAACAAUCAAAGCCUAUAAGGAACGACCACUCGAAUACCACUUGACAGUGACUGACUACCUUUAAGAAACGUGAUCACGAAUUGUACUUGGGAGCACUUCUGGCUGAAUGAGGGGUGGACAGUGUGGCUCGAAAGGAAAAUUAAAAAGGAGUUUGUCAGGAGAAAAGGUACUCAUUACUAAGUAGUUUGAAGUUGACUUACUACUAUAUAUAAGUAGUUUGAAGUUGCUGGAAGUUUUAUUCGGAAGUUCAAGUUUUAUUUCUCUUCAUCUGAUCCUGCCAUAUGGAAGUUCAAGUUUUAUUUCUCUCUUCCUGCCAUAAAUAUUCAUGUUCAUCUUCACGAAAUCUUCAAAAAUAACUACUUUUUUUAGUUUUAUCUCCAUGUUGAAUCUGAAUGUCGAAACAGAAUCGUCCACUUCCGCUGCUGAGGAAGCUUACGCUGUCGCCGCUCAGGUAGGCUUAGCGCAUCUCACAGGCUCCGUCGAGCAUUUUGAGCGGUUGAAGCAACCUGAGUAUACCAGACUAGUCCCUAUCCUGGAAGGCGACAUCGAUCCGGAUGACGUCUUUUCCGCUGUGCCCUACGAGAAGGGCUAUAAUCUCCUCAACACCUUAGAGCAGACGGUUGGCGAGGAGAAAUUUUUGAAAAUCUUAGUCAAAAAUUACAUCGCCAAAUUCAAAUUCAAAACCAUCACGAGUGCAGAAUUCAAAACAUUCUGUAUGGAGGAAUGCUUUCCGAGUGGGGAGUUGAAGAGCAUUGAUUGGGACAUGUGGUUCUUUGCCUACGGCAUGCCGAAAAUGCCUUUCUCCUUCACCAGUGCUAGUAUCGCAGAAGCAACAACAUUGGCCGACUCAUGGGCGUCGAAUGAGGAGGAAAAGUUAUGGGGUCUUCUUGUACUGAGGACACGGUCGAGAGUUGUUGACAUGACGAUUUUUUUAGAGCUGGGCAACCUACGCCUACCAUCCUAUUUUAGAGCUGGGCAACCUGUGCCUUUCAUUGGAUGAAGCAACCUCUAAAACCAACAGAAGUACUAGAAAAACUUGCUACCGAUACGCAUGCUAAGUGGUCUGGAUGGAUUACCGAGACUCGACUGGUCUUUUUCGAACGACUGAAUAAGCAGAUGUUAAGGGUUGCAAGUUGACAUCUCUAUGCGCAUCUCUAUGGCUUCUUCAAGUAGGAAAGCCAUAGAUAUAAUGCGAGCUAGAGACGGCAACUCGCAACCUCUAAAGAUGAGCACCAAAACUAGCUCUUCUUGGUCUUCGGAAAAACUGGCUCUGUUCUCGACAAAAGCUUUAGCCGGCUUGUUGACAACGCAAAACUGCGAAUUGCUGUUUCAGUGGUUCCAGCUUCUCCUUAAAACGCCGCAUUGGAAGGACUAUGAAGGCGAAAUCACGAAAAUGCUGACGAGUCAGGGACGCAUGAAAUAUACCAGACCUUUAUAUCGUAGUCUCGCUUCAGCGGACUACGGAGUAUUAUGGCUUGCCCUAAUCCAUCCUCCGAAGCAUCUCGAAGCUGUCCGUCCCAUAAGGCGGGGAAAAGAGGCCCGGGAUGGAUUCCAGGAUGGACUAGGGUGAGCUCUAAGAGUAGCGAAGAAGCUGUUUGAAGGGAAUAGAGAUUUCUAUCAUCCCAUAUGCAGGAACAUUGUCGUAAAAGACAUUGCGAGCUUUGCGCCAACUACUACAACUGGUACUACAUGAACAAGCUGCAGAACUGGCACUGUAUCGUGUAACCAAACAAGAGAAAACAACAACUCCAUCUUCCUACAUCGUUUCCAUCCUCGUCUAGUACAUCAUGUGAACUCUACGCAAAGGGCUAUUUCUAUGACGUAGAAUGUCUUUCUACUCUGGUGGAGUCAACACGGCCUCUCGUCACCGUCAUUCAUCCGAUUGUUGUUCUUGGAGGCGGUGCUUUUGCUUUCUGGUUCAUCCUCCUGCUGGUUGCUCUCCGUUCUCAAA